AGGGAUUCGUCUCCACUUUUAGAAGUCAGGGAUUGAUCGCUCUUUCAACAGUCAACUUUUCAAUUUAUCAAAACCAUGAGAGCUUCUCUCAUCCGAACCGGGUCGCUGCCGAUCCAGAACCCGGUUUUCCACGGUUCACCUCAAUGUUCUCUCACGCGCCAAACCUCUUUACCCGGCGACAAGAACCACGCGAAAUUUUCCACGAUUUCAAUGCACUAUUCCCACUUCAACGCCCGCAGGGACGCACCUCAGAACGGGAUCAAGAGAGCCUCAUCGGAAGGUGCCCCCGAGAAUUUCGGCGUUCGCCGUAAUCUGAACCGCACCGGAUCGUACUCGCCCCCGCCCCCGCCGAUCAUACCUCACGAAGAACAAUUCUUCUGCGACGCCAAUUUACACAAGCCGAGCUACCUCGGGAUCCUACGGGAGGAUAUGGAAUCCGGAGGCGGCGACGGUGACGAUCACGGCGAUGCGACUGUCACAGGCGGAAACGAUGGCGAGAGGAUGAAAAUAGAUGCGUACUACGAAGAGAUGUUGAAGUCGAACCCGACGGACGCGCUUCUGCUGAGAAACUACGGCAAAUUCCUCCACGAGGUGGAGAAAGACGCGACGAGAGCAGAGGAAUAUUACGGAAGAGCGAUUCUCGCGAACCCUAGCGAUGGCGAAUUGCUUUCGCUGUACGGAGCGCUGAUAUGGGAAACGCAGCGAGACGAAGCGAGAGCCAAAUCUUACUUUGACCAAGCCAUUCACGCCGCUCCUGAUGAUUGCACUGUGCUGGGAUCGUACGCGCACUUCAUGUGGGAAGCGGAGGAGGAAGAGGAACUUAACGGAGGUGAACUUAACGGAGGUAUGACGGAGAAAACGGGGACGGAGAUGAUCGCUGCUAUAUAAUUAAGAGUGCCACCUGUUUGUUAGUAUAUAUAUAUUCCUAACUAGAGUUUAAUGUGAAGGUUACGUUACACGAAAACAAUAAAUGGUGUGGUUGUUUUGAUCUAUCAGACUACACUAGAAGAUCUAGAAGAUGAGAGACUGAACUGAAAGUGACACCUCGCUCAGUCUUUUUCGUUCUACUGGUUGUAACUUGUAACUUGUUUGUACAUGUAACUAUUUGCGGUAUUUUCUUAACAUUUAUCUUAUUAACUGUAUGCAGUUUUAAAAUUUUGUACAUAAACUGCAAAUUUUCGUUAUUAAAUCUUGGUGGCUGAUUAAUUAAUUGCAUCGAUUGUUGAUUU